CGCUCACUUCCGGGAGAGCGGGGAGCUGUGGCCACCGCCCGCUCGCAGCUGCCUGCUCGCUGGGGCCGGGGAGCCCGUGAGCGCGCAGGCCAGGCCGCAGCCCAGUGUCUGUGCAGCUCGGGCCACUGUCCGUCACCAUGGGGGCGUCGGGGCGGCUGCUGCGCGCCGUGAUCAUGGGGGCCCCGGGCUCCGGCAAGGGCACCGUGUCGUCACGCAUCACCAAACACUUCGAGCUGAAGCACCUCUCCAGCGGGGACCUGCUCCGCCAGAACAUGCUGCAGGGCACAGAAAUUGGUGUGCUGGCCAAGACUUUCAUUGACCAAGGGAAGCUCAUCCCAGAUGAUGUCAUGACGCGGCUGGCCCUUCAUGAGCUGAAAAACCUCACCCAGUGUAGCUGGCUGUUGGAUGGUUUUCCAAGGACACUUCCACAGGCAGAAGCCCUGGAUAAAACUUACCAGAUAGACACAGUGAUAAACCUCAACGUGCCCUUUGAGGUCAUUAAACAACGCCUUACAGCUCGCUGGAUUCAUCCUGCCAGUGGCCGGGUAUACAACAUUGAGUUCAAUCCUCCCAAAACUGUGGGCAUUGAUGACCUGACAGGAGAACCUCUGAUUCAGCGAGAGGACGACAAACCAGAGACGGUGAUCAAGAGACUAAAGGCGUAUGAAGCCCAGACAGAGCCAGUUCUACAGUAUUACCAGAAAAAAGGAGUGUUGGAAACAUUCUCUGGAACGGAAACCAACAAGAUCUGGCCCCAUGUAUAUUCUUUCCUACUGACGAAAGUUCCAGAAACUACCCAGAAAGCCUCUGUUACUCCUUGAGGAGGGCAGUAUUUAGCAGGAUGAAGCAGGGCCUCCUUGCCUCGCCUUGCCUCUGUUUUUUGAAGCUCUUUUCCUAAGACGUCUCUGAAAAUUAUGUCUUAUUCAUAAUGGCUUUCUUUUGGAUGUUACUAAGGAUGCGCCAAUGAGUCAGACACUAAGUAAGGCUGAUCUGUUAAAAUAACCUGGAAUGUUUAAUCUAGAUGUCUUCUGUGGAUUUGCAAUUAGAAAACAUUAGAGAUGUUGAAACUUAAAAAAAAAAAAUCAUAGCCCAAUUAAAAGAGCAACUAGUUAAUUGUCUACCCUCAUGUUCAGUUAGCGGUUGAUCACAUUUUCAUGAUUUUCUGGAAAAGUUUUUUAAAAAAAUUACAUCAUUUGAGGCAGAUAAAUAUCUCAUUAAGGCUUUUACAUAAGCCAAUGCCCCAUCACAACCCCCAAAAAAUGUUUUCUAGCGCCAUGGGAUGUGGUAUGUGGGAAGUCUAUAGAUGACAGGAAGAAAGCAACUGGCUUUAUUUACAGAUGCUGCCAGAUGCAAGCUCACUGCUGCCUUUACAGGAAAAGCAAGGGCACAGGCCACCAUGCUGUGUCCUCUAUCUACUAGUUUCCAAUUUGCUAUGAAAAUGCACUUAUGGACAUUUUAAUAUGGCUUGUUUUCUUUUCCAAACAUGCAUGUACUGAGGGAUAUGAUUUAUGUUAACUGAGUUCUCAGAGGAGCACUGGCAAAUGGCAGUGGAUAGUCCUAGAUCCUCGCACAUUGCUCAGGCUGAGGACUAUGCCUCAGCCUAGUGCUGGCAUCACUGUGUGCUACCGGUUGCCACUGCUUCAAAGGGAAACAACUCUUCUUGUACCAUCUAAGCAGGCUCCUCAUCCACCGACAGCACUGUGGAUCCAACUCAGCCUUGUGUGCUGGGCAAGCAUCCUACUGCAGUACCACACCUCCAGCCUUUAGUCUUUUCUUUUUCUUGUGUGGAUUUUUGUUUGUUUGAGACAAGAUCUCAUUAUGUAGUUCUGGCUGUCCAGAACUAUGUUAACAAGGCUGGCUUCUAACUCACAGAGAUCCACCUGCUUCUGCCUCCCAAAUGCUGGGAUUAAAGGUGUGGACCACCACAGCUGGCCCCAGCCCCAGCCUAUGUAGCCCAGGCUAGCUUGAAAUGAUAUAGUCCACGCUGGCCUAAUUUUCAUGACCCUCUUGUUUAAACCUCCAAGUGCUUAAAUUACAGGUGUGUACCACUAAGCCAGGCCUGGGAAACCAAUCUAAACUUCGGUCACUUUAGAUUCCUUAGUGGGGCAAGGACACAUCCUUAUAUAUUGUGGCCCCAAGUGAGAAAAUACAAGAAGUGAAGAAAAAACAACUCUACCUUCAAGGAAAAUGUACUCUUUAUAUUACUUGGUGCUAAAUCAAAGAAUCAAGCCCUUGCACAGGCUUUGAAAUUUUGGCCUGUUUUAUUUCAGACACUUAAGUACAAAUGCCAGCAGGUGGUUCUUAACAUAUCUGGGAGUGGGGUUGGAAUGUUUGAUUUUUAAAAUUCAUUGUUGAUCUUUCAAGAUGGACUAGGCCUUUAAACAGGAUUACAAUGAACAUCUUGUCCUUUGUCAAUGUUUCUAUCUGAAUGCUGGUAACUGAUUUCUAACAAUGUUGUGAACUAUCUAAACUGAUCAGCAGGUUGUUACUUGUGGCGAUAUCAGCACUGUGGCUGCCUUCUGUUUUCUGUCUGUCCGUGGCCUCUGGCCCUCCAACCCCCUUCAUGUCUGUUGUGGCUUCUCACUGGCUUCUUUGUAAUAAAUUGUCUUCCAAUAGCACCUUUCUAAUAAACAGGUCUUCAAAUAAUGA